AUGUCCACUACAUUUCACCUUUUUCCGUUAUUGCCGCCUGAAAUUCGACACUACAUCUGGCACCUCUCCCUCACCCAUGCUCGAGUGAUUCGUAUCUCGUGCGACCGGGGUAUCCUUCCCACGUCGCGGCGAUAUGCUCGCUGCUUUCGUGCUGACUACCCCAAUCCACCUCAGCUACAAGUGAAUACGGAGGCCCGUCAUGUGGCGCUGCGGUUGUAUGCCCCUUACUUUCGGACGAAACACAAGCCUCAUAGCUGCAUCUAUUUAAGCCCAGACCAGGAUGUUGUGCAUCUGCACGAGGCAGUGUUAGCAUACCUCAGCUCGGUGGAGAAAGCGGCCCUCCAACGGCUGAUGAUCGACGUUCACGACUAUGGUUCCUUUGGCUCCUAUUGGAUGGAUAGCUUGUGUGGCAUGGAGCAAUUGAAGGAAAUUGUGCUGGUAGUGUUGCCAGGCGCCUUGUCUCCAUAUGGAGUAUAUGAUCAGUUACCCGUGGAAGACAGUGAGAUUGUUUGGUUGCUGAAGGCUGCCUUCGUUGAGGGUGCCCGGACAAGCCCGGGGUGGGCGAUGCCGCGCGUCAAAGUCAUAUCGCAUGAAGGAGCAGCGAUGGGGGAUAUCGUUGUGACAGCGGAUGAUCUGGAGAUCAAUUGA